AUUAACGGGUUAAUUGGCAGAAUUAUUAACAGUGAUUUCCAGAUAUUGUCAUCCAACGAUAUAACCAGAAAAUGAAUCAUUUUGCACGUAUUAGCGAAAUAAAACAGGUUACCCUCACGCCGAUAUUCGAUUCAAUACCAGAAAAAAAACGGAAUGACGACAACGGAGGUUAAUCUCACUUUCGUGCCGACGACAGACCAGCUGCAGAUGCCGCCCGCAGAACGGUGAAACGCGUGGAACGUGUCGAGAUCAUGCGCGAGGGUGAUACUUUUCUGAGAUAUCCUGCCGCGAGGACAGGAAAUGGAACGACAGAUCCUGGCUUACAGGUAAACCAGGAGGAGGCUGCCGUUCGCUAACCCGGCAUCUCGCUUCGUCGAUCCAGCUCGGCUCUAGGGUUAAUACCAUCGUGGAAUGCAGAGAGACCGGGCAGAGAAAGAACGAGAGAGAGAAAGAGGAAAAGCCGCGCCAGACUACUCCGCGAAGCGGAAUUAUCUCUCGUGAAAUUAAUCAUCUCAGGUGAUGCCGAGGGAAUCCUGUCGGGGGUUGCUGUUGACCCUGGUGUCGGUAUUCGUCGGCCUGUGCGAAUCCGCCGACGCGAUAUCCGGCGCACAGCAUCCGGUCUGCAAGCCGGGCCUGGAAUUCUGGUCCACGGAUCGCGGCUCCUGCUGGCCAUGCACCCGAUGCGACCCCGAGUUCACGCUGAGCACGUGUUCGGUGCACAAGGAUACGAUUUGCGGCCCGCUGUCGGCACUGGAGCUCGACUGGUCCUUUUUGUCGACCAGGAAAAGGCCGGAGGCCGUGCAACGUCGCUUCGAGGCCGUCACCUCAAAGAUGCUCUGGCAGUUGCCCGAACCGACAGACGAGCGGCGAGAACAACUUCACGAAGAAGCCGGUGAUCUCGUCGGUCUCAACCACGAGGACAGUGGCCUCUUGGACGACGAACAGCCAAUCUCCGCUUCGCAAGAGUCAAAGGAAGCACACGAUCCUCGGGAGAGGAGAAAAUCAACCAACCUGGAUAAUCUCCCGUGGGACUGGCAAACCGGCGCUCUGGUCCUUGCGGUUUGCGCCUGCAUAGUAUUCUUUCUGGUGGCGGGAUGCUCGGCUCUCGUUUACGCGAGGCAAUGGCGGCGUAUGAAGAGGAAUUUCGAGCCAGCGGGCCUCGAGGAGAUCUCGGCCAGGUUGAAUCUGAUGGUGAAGGCAGAGUUAGCCGAACUGGUCGCAGGAGCGCCGAUGAAUCCAGGUGAUCCCGAGACCAGAUGUCAGUAUCUUGAGAAGCUUUUAGACCGGAAACGAGAGACUCCGGUGGUGGCGGCGGCGGCGGCAGCGGCGGCGGCGGCUAGCUGGCCGGUGGAGGCGGGCGGCAACUUGUACAUCGAGGAGGGGGGCACGCCGAGGAGUAAACGAUCGCAAAUCGCGCGGAUUCAGCGUAACAUCGAGACCAUUCUUAGUCACAAGACGAACGGCGCCGAUUGACCACGCGACGAUCAUCCCUUCGGCUCUUCGGGAGACUUCCUCUGGACUCGCGUGUCGGCCUGAAGCCAUCGCGUAGUUUUUUCGUAAGCGCAAUUAGAAUUACGUUGCGUUCACAACUGUACAAGUCGAUUGGUCGACAGCGACACGUUCUGCGAGAGUUCCUUCGGAAUUCUCGGCGUGAACAAUCGAGGAUCUUGUAUGGUCAGUUACAAAAAGAUUGCAACGCUUUUUUUUUUCGAUGAGUUUCGCAACGCAUCUCGUAUCCAAUAGGAAAAUGUAUCUUCUAAGAAUGAUUUAAAAAAUUAAUUCUCCUAAUGGACGCGGGAUCCGUGUUCAAGAACUUAUGAAAAAAACGUAGGGGGAAGAUUUUCUAUAUGUAAUUAUGUAUAAUUAUAUAUAAAACGUCAGAUAUAAAAAAUAUAUAAUUAUA